AUGGAUCGAACAUUUGCUGGCUUAGCUCUUUGGCUAUGGUUUCUACUGUCUUCUGCUACGACUUCCAGCAGUUACAGUAGCAAUUUACAAUUUAUUGGCGGUAUCGGUAUACCUGUUGAUGGUUUACAUUUCGAAUCAGUUACAUCUGGCUAUGUGUUGAAAGCAGAAUACUUUCUGCCCACCAAUUCAACAGAGAUCACGCGCGUCUAUCUCAAACCGAUGACCGUAUCGGCCAGAGAGAAGGAGACAAAUGGAAAUGAGCAGUUUGACUAUGGUGCCAUAUAUCGUUGGAUUAUUUAUCGUGGCAUUGAGAUGAUAUUGGACAAUAUGGGACUACCCGGACGCAGUUGUUUGCUACGAGUGAUUUGUGAACAUGCAGCUGUUCCCUUGAGCAAUGAAAGCGGUUUACUUGGCGAGAUUCUACACAUUACAUUAACUCCAUCGAGUUCGAAUGACAAACUAACGCAUCGAAUGGAUGGUGAAUAUCAAGAGUCUGAACAUUAUGGCAAACGUGGUGGUGAUUGUAAUGCAGCCUAUGCCAAAAAGUGUUCAAAAUCACCCAUGGAUCUGAUUAGUAUUAUAAUGAAAGUGAAUAAAUGA